AUGACACUUCCUGAUGUAGCCGCCAAGUCGGUCGACACGACGGUCACACGUCUCCGCAGUCGUCCCCUCGACGAGGAACAUCAUCUCGACGGCGCCGGCGGUUGGACCUCCUGGCUCAAUCGCAUACGUGGCCGUCUCGGUAAAGACAUCUGGGACUGCACCCUCGCUAUCCCCAUCAAAGAACCAGGUCCACAUGUCAACCUCUCUCUGGCGAAUGAGGAGGUCACGAAGCUCAUCCUUCGUUCCAUCAAAGCCGAGUACAACUCGAUGCUCAUCACGACCGCGUAUGAUCUCACGCCCGCCGAGCUCCUCAAAAGCCUCAAGGAACUAGUCGGUUCAGUGACUCUCAAGGACAUCUCUAUUCGUCUACAGUUGCUUCUCGACGUUGGCGCUCCUCCUACCUCCGAAGCAGCGUUCGCAAUAUAUAUGGGCCAAGUGACUCGGCUUCACGAGGAGCUCUCAUCUUUCAAGCUUUCGUUCGCAGACGUCGUCUCGUGUCGGCUACUUCACUCUCUCAAGGGGCCCUUUCCGGCGUACUACGCGAACGCCAUGGACUUUCAGGUCGACUCUAUCCCAAAACCUCGUGACAUUCUCAGUGAAUGUCAUGCGCUCACCGGCUCCGAAACCUUGCCCGUUGCCGAGGCAAAGUCUCGGCCUCGCCGACCCCGUCACCCCUGUCGGCACUGCAAGGGUGAUCACUGGAAUAACGACUGUCCAAAGCGCCCAAAAGGUGUCUCCUCGGCAAAAGUCGCGCUAGAGGUCGCGCCCAGGCCCACAACCGACGCCUCGGACUUGCUUGGUGAAGACGUUCACACGUUGUUCACUUCUAGGCACUCAAAGCUCGGCGGGGCCUCCCUCAUCGUCCUCGAUAUCGGCGCUACGCAUCACGUCGUCAACACUCGGUCAGCUUUCAUCGAGUUUGUCCCAUGCACUUCGGAGUCUCGCUGCAUCAAGGGGGUUGGCACCGCAGUUAUGCGUGCGUUUGACGGCACCGUUGGUCACCUUCUCAACGCGAUCUACGUCCCGGGAGGCCCGGUCAGCCUGUUCUCCGUCAGUCGAGCGGACAAGGCGGGCUUUUCGAUCGUCUUUGGCGCCGGGAAGUGCUCGGUCACUCGCCGCGGAGUAGCGUGUUACACUGGCGCCCUUAUCAACAAAUUAUACUGCCUCAAUGCUUCCUUGGUCGAUGCACGUGCAUCUACUCCAUCCGGUCCGUCCGUGCUUGAGGUUUUCGCUGUGAUCCCAGCAUCCGUCAUGUAUGGUCGUUUUGCUCACGUCAACUUUCGCUACCUCCAACAGCUCGCGAAAAGUGACACGGGUCGUUGGUUUCGAGAUAGCUGUAGCUGGUGACAACGAUUGCGAAUGUGCCGAAUGCCUUGCAGCAAAGAUUACCCACACCGUGGACCCUUCCCCAAACAAGUCAUUUUCUCGCACGUGA